AUGACAUAUAUCGAGUCUAAGUGCUUCGGAAAUUCGCACGCUGACGAUACUAAUUCCGGGGAUGCCAAAAAAUCCCCUGAUAUCUCUAAUAAUAAUAACUUGCCCGAGGAAGAGAGGAAGGAAAUUACUAGAGCUUUGAUAAAUGUUAAUAAAAACGACAUAAUCGAAGUUAUUAUUAACAGCAUUGAUCAAUUCAAUAAAACACGUAUGAGCACUAAACAAAAAUCCCAACAAAUUUACGAGAAAUUGAUUUAUAUAGAUUUCAGCAAUCAAGACAAAAGUCGUUGGGCUCCUGAAUGGGAUAAAUUAUGUAAAAUGUAUAAAGGUCUAAUGAUCAACUCGACAAGUGCUACUACGACAUUACCUACUUAUUACAGGAAUCACGUCAAAAAAACUCUUCCAAUAUUGAAGAGCAACAAAGUUUCCGCAGCCAAAAAAAUUUUUUUAAUAGAGAAAAUAAAAAAUUCUAUUAAGGAUCAUCAAGAAAAGGUAAAAAAAAGCCUCCUUGAUUUUGAUCAAUACAAGCAGGAUGUUGUCAAGUUCAGGCAGGACAUUGUGGAGUUCAAAGAGGAGGUUACUGGAACCAUACAUCAGAAAGAAGUAAUUUUACAUAGUUGCUCCAUUAUGCAAAUCUGCAUGAGUGUUUUCAACUUUCUGAACGCUCAAAACGAAAUUUGUUCAGAUACUAAGGAAACAUUCACGAUGACACGUGAAUAUGUUGGAAAAGCAUCUGAAAUGGUCAAAGAAUUUAGUGGUUCUAUAGAAAAAUUUUCCGGGAUUAAUAAUGUCCAUUAUAAAGUUUUAAGUGUUAUUAAUAGCGAUUUGGAAAGUUUUUUGAGUACCAAAACCACACUUAUCAAUGACAGAAAUAAGCGGGAAAAGCUUAGUGUUAAAAAUUUUUAUUCCGUAUGA